CGGCGAUCUCAACCAUGCUGCCCUACGGCUCAAAUCCUUCAUAACUCUGGUCCCGAAGGGCGAUUUAUUCUCGAUGAAAUGACCGAGUCCACCGUCAGGCUUCAUAUCACCCCCCUAACUCCUGAUAUACUCCCGGCCGUCCUGCCACCCUCCCUCCGCCAGACCGCUACAGACAUUUCCUUCCACACGAUUCCCACAUUUCCCGAAAACAGUUACGGCUAUAUUACACUGCCUGCCAUGGACGCCGAGAAGAUCAAGAAGAAGCUCAAUGGCUCUAUUCUCAAGGGCAAGAAGUUCAAGGUUGAGGCUGCCCGUCCUUCCAAAAGAGAUCGGGACGCCGAGGAUGUCGAUGCCGGAGCUCGCUCGGACGAAGAGAAAAAGGAGAAGAAAAAGUCCAAGAAGCGAAAGUCGGAGGAUCAAGAAGACGGUGUUCUAGAAGGCUACGAGCUCCCUUCGGAUCGUAAAGUCAAGCGAGGAUGGACAGAGCCUUCCAAGAAGGACCGACGAAGGGCCGAGAAGAGCAAGAGCAAGGGCGAUAAAAAGGAAAAGCCCCAGGCCAAGUCGAAGUACACGGAGAAGGAAGAGUGUCUAUUCCGAGCAACGAUACCUCCCAAUCGCAAGGCCCUUGACGCUACCGAGGAGAAGAAGGCCAAGAAAAUCAAGAAAGGCUCUGAGAAUGUCGUCCACGAGUUUGCCAAAGCAACCACCUAUCCCAGCUUCCUCCGCGAAUCGGGCGAGAGUGCUGUCCCGACGUCGGAGUUCGAAGAGGGGAAAGGCUGGGUAGAUGCUUCGGGCAAGGUGAAGGAGGCUGCGAGUGAGAAGGCUCGCAAACAUGACUACCACCCGGGACAAAAGGCGGGUGCCAAAGUCAAGAAAUCCGAGGUCCAAAACUUGGUGAAGAAGAAAAAGACUCCAGAACCCGAGAGUGAAUCUGAAGAUUGGACUUCUUCCAGUGGGUCUUCCUCUGAUGAGAGUUCCGACUCUGAGAGCGAAGCGGAUGGUCCAUCCAAUGAUUUAUCAGAUUCCUCCGACGACGAAGCGGAGGAAAAGACAGGCUCCACGACAGAGACCGCAAAGUCUGCGCCUGCCCCUGCGCCCGAAAAAGCUUCUGAAGCUUCAAGCCCAGACUCAGACUCGGACUCAGAUUCCGAAAUGGCCGAUGAACCUGCUCAGCAAGUGGAAGCACCCUCUACCCAGGAGGUUCAUCCUCUGGAAGCACUCUAUAAGAGACCAGCUCCUGCGUCGACCGAGGGAGUCGCGGCACCUGCUCCCACGACCGGGUUCAGUUUCUUUGGCGGCGACGAUAUCGAAUCCGAGGAUGAGCCGCAAUCUGCAGAACCUCAGACGCCCUUCACACCAUUUACCAAAAAGGAUCUUCAGAUCCGAGGCUUGCGUAGCGCAGCACCUACACCCGACACUGCUAUGGUGAAUCGCCGGAUGAACUGGACCGAGGAUGAUGAGGAGGAGGACGACGACGAGGAAGAAGUAUCUAUUGAUACCCCCGUUUCGAAAUCCCGGGAGCAGGAAGUGCCUAAGGGAGAGACUGAGUUUGCGAAAUGGUUCUGGGAGAACCGCGGCGAGAACAAUCGUGCCUGGAAGAAGAGGCGACGCGAUGCGGCCAAGGAGCAGAGGCAGAGAGAUAACCGGAAGAAGGGUAUGAAGGGCAAGUCUUAAAUAUGACCGCAAGUGGAGAUGGGAUACAAAUAGACAGGUAGUAUGUAUGGUAGCUCUAAUGCUAUGUAAUAUAUAUUGAAACAUACCUUGAU